AUGUCGUUGGUCCUAAGAUUGGGAGCAGUGCUUCUUAGUGCCGCGGGUUUUAUCGCCGCUGUGCCCGUUGAGCUUGAGAAGAGAGCGGUAUCCGCCAACAUCCUAGAUCAACUCCAAUUCUUCAGCCAGUACUCUGCAGCAGCAUACUGUCUCAGCAACAACAACAGCCCAAACACAAAAAUCACUUGCCCGCAAGGAAACUGCGCUCGCGUAGAAGCAGCCAAUACCAAUACAUUGACGGAAUUUGAGAACUCCAUCAAAUCCGACAUCACAGGGUUUGUUGCCACCGACACAACCAACAAACUCAUUGUGCUCUCCUUCCGCGGCUCCCGAUCCGUCCGCAACUGGCUCACCAAUCUCAAUUUCCCUGUUGCGCCGACCACAAUCUGCAGCACCUGCAGCUCCAGCAUCGGCUUCUGGCAGUCCUGGCUCGAGGCACAAACCGAUGUGCUCGCCGCAAUCAAGAAGGCACAGGCGCAGUACCCAAGCUUCAAAGUCGUAGCCACAGGACAUUCACUCGGCGGUGCACUGGCAAGCUUGGCUGCCGGUUUCUUGCGCUCUCAGGGAACAACAAUCGAUCUGUAUACGUACGGGGCGCCAAAGGUCGGACUCGAAGGACUCGCCAAAUACAUCUCAGACACGUCAAAGGGGCAGACAUACCGCGUGACACACAAGGCUGACCCAGUGCCGAAGCUGCCACCGGCGCUACUUGGCUAUCACCACACUUCGCCCGAGUAUUACAUCACCAGUGGGAAUGAUGCUCAACCUAGUACCGCGGAUGUCAAUGUCCUGACUGGGACGCUGAACUUGGGAGGUAACGAGGGAGACUUUGGGCUUGAUGUCGAUGCGCAUCUCUGGUACUUUGGAAACAUUAGCGCGUGUGAGGGCCAGGAGGGUAUUGAGAUCAGGGGGUUGAGGGACAAUUAA